AUGUCGCAAUCCUACGCAGAGAGCCUACUGAGCCCCUCUGGAUCAGCCGACGAUCAGAUACCUGCAUCCUCUACUACUGCUACUGAGGUCCCAUCAAAUGGUACAAGUGUAGGCGCGCAGCCCUCUGCAGCGAGGAAGCCUCGAGUCGCCUUGGCCUGCAAGAGAUGCAAGCGAAGAAAGCAACGAUGCGACGGCGCGCGUCCAGUAUGCAGGUCGUGCGAACGAGCUGGUGUAGCUUGUGCAUACGAGAGAACCCUGCGGCCCCAAUACCCUGGUGGCAAGUCGGCGUAG